AUGUCUGUGACCUUUGAGGAUGUGGCCGUGACCUUCACGCGGGAGGAGUGGGGGCAGCUGGACCUGGCUCAGAAGACCCUAUACAGGGAGGUGAUGCUAGAGACCUGCAGGUUCCUUGCCUCACUGGGGUGUUCUAUAACCAAACCAGAGCUGAUCUAUGAGCUGGAGCUGAGGCAGGAGCUGGGGGCUGUGAAGAAAGACCUGUCCCAGAGCACCUGUCCAGGUGAUAGUGAAAAGCUUGGGACAACAAAGCCUGUCACUUGUCACCCAGCCUUGCCUGAAGAAGUUUCACUCCAGGACCAGUUGAGGCAGGGAGCCUCAAGAAACUCCAGGCUGGAGCGAGCCAAGGAUCUGGAGGAGCUAUGGAACAUUCAAGAAGGGCACUUGAAGCCAAGGAUAGAGCCCCAGAAGGAGAAGAUGCUCCUUGGGAACCUAAGCCCUGAACACUACAGUAUGUGGACAGACGAAAAUGUGCCUUCAGGGGUUGUACAGAAGCAAGUCUCUCCAGGAGACAUUCUCCUUAAACCUGAUACAAGUGGACCAGUAAAAGAUCCUUCAGUUCAUGAAGAAAAAAAUCCCUAUAAAUGCACGGAAUGUGGGAAAGCAUUUAAUAAGAACUGCCUCCUUGUUCGACAUGAGCGGAUUCACUCUGGCAUGAAGCCCUAUGAAUGCACAGAGUGUGGGAAGACCUUUAGCAAGAGCACACACCUCCUUCAGCACCAUGUUAUUCACACUGGGGAGAAGCCCUAUGAGUGCAGAGAGUGUGGGAAGGCCUUCAACCGCAGGUCACACCUGACACGGCACCAGCGGAUUCAUACCGGCGAGAAGCCCUAUGAGUGUGGUGAAUGUGGGAAGGCCUUCACCCACCGCUCCACGUUUGUCUUGCAUAAGAGGAGCCACACUGGGGAAAAACCCUUUGUGUGCAAGGAGUGUGGGAAAGCCUUUCGUGACCGGCCGGGCUUCAUUCGACACUACAUCAUUCACACGGGCGAGAAGCCCUAUGAGUGCAUUGAAUGUGGGAAGGCAUUCAAUCGCAGGUCAUACCUCACAUGGCACCAGCAGAUCCACACUGGAGUGAAGCCCUUUGAAUGCAACGAGUGUGGGAAAGCUUUUUGUGAGAGUGCAGACCUCCUUCAACACUACGUCAUCCACACUGGGGAGAAGCCCUACAAAUGCAGCGAGUGUGGGAAGGCCUUUAGCCGUAGGGCACACCUCAAGCAGCACCAGCGGAUCCACACUGGGGAGAAGCCCUACACAUGCAGUGAGUGUGGGAAGGCCUUCACGCACUACUCCACCUUUGUCUUGCAUAAAAGAACCCAUACUGGAGAAAAACCAUUUGAGUGCAAAGAGUGUGGAAAAGCCUUCAGCGAUAGAGCAGACCUCAUUCGACACUACAGCAUCCACACUGGGGAGAAGCCCUAUGAGUGUGUGGAAUGCGGAAAGGCCUUCAACCGCAGGUCACACCUUAUGCGGCACCAGCAGAUCCACACAGGGGAGAAGCCCUAUGAGUGCAUCGAGUGCGGGAAAGCCUUCUGCCGGAGUACCAAUCUCAUCCGACAUGCCAUCAUCCACACUGGGGAGAAGCCCUAUGAGUGCACUGAAUGUGGGAAAGCCUUCAGCCGCAGCUCCUCCCUCACUCAGCAUCAAAGGAUUCAUACUAUGAAAAGUCCUGUCAGUGUGACAGAUGUGGAUAGACCUUUCACAAGUGGGCAAACGUCGCUCAACAUCCAGGAACUCCUACUGGAGAAGGAUUUUUUUAAUGUAACCAUGGAGGAUAAUCUUUGGCCAGAGGAAUCAUCUUAUUCAGCAUCUGAUUGCUCAUGCCAGAGGGAAAGGCCACAAGAGUCAACCAAAUGA